CCCACGGUAGUGGGAAACGAGAAUAGCUUGCACUGAUGUUCAGAAUUAGUCGUAAUAAUGGCGAACAAAAGUAUCUCUUUUCUUUCACAUUUCAGCUCUUUUACUCCACAGCUCCAGCUACUUCCCGUGCCAAUGUCUUGGUGGACUUCAUGGUGAAGUCACUUGGCUUCUCAACACAAGAAGCCAUUUCUACCAGCUCCAAGGUAACUCGUUCAAGACUCAAUAACUAUGAGCCCCAUUUGUUACUUGAUGUCUUUCACCAAAUGGGUAUUAACAAAUUACAGAUCAAAACCCUCAUUUCUUCUACCCCUAAAUUGUUGAUUUGUCGUGUUGACAAAAACCUUCAACCCAAAAUUAAGGUUUUACAACAACUUGGCUUAUCUGGCUCUGACCUUGUUACAUUAAUCAAGAAAAAGCAAUUUGUUGACAACAGGUUUACAUACUGUUAUAGAACCUAAUCUUGUUUACCUAAAGGAGUUAUUGGGCAGUCAUGAUUCUGUAGCUAGAAUUAUUAUGAAAGAGCCUAGGUUGCUUUCUAAUAAUCUCUCUAAAUUUAUGCCACCCAAUAUAUCAUUGUUGCAUAAUCUUGGGUUUUCAAGAAUGGAUAUUGACAAGGCUUUCCAUCGGCGUCCUAGGUUUCUGCUCAAUAGCCCUGAGUGGCUAGAGAGAGCAGUGCAUCGACUAGAAAGUAAUUUUCGUAUUCCUCCUGUGUCACUAACAUUUCUUCACGCCAUUGAAGUACUUGGGUCGCUUGAUGAAUCAAAAUUAGAAAGGAAAUUUGAUAUAUACCGGAGUUUUGGAUGGUCUGAUUCUGAUAUCUGCGAGAUGGUGAGAAAGCUUCCUUACUGUUUGACUACAUCAGAGGCUAAGAUAAGGAUUACAUUGAAGUUUUUCAUGAACGAACUGGGGUAUGAACCUAGUUAUCUGGCUUCUCAUGCGCCACUUUUAAAGUAUAGUUUGGAGAAGAGGGUCAUGCCAAGGAAUGAAAUCUUGAAGUUUCUUAAAGAAAACAAACUGGUAAAAGGGAAGCUAUGUCUUUACACUGUUGUCAAACGUACUGAAUUGCAAUUCCUAGAGAAAUAUGUGUUGCCUUGUAGGGCGAAGAUGCCUGAGGUGUAUGAUUUAUACAUGAAAAUUAGAAGCUAGAGCGAAGUCUUUACGGUGGCUGCAGAGUAUCGAUUGUCUCGUAGGUUUGUUCAAUUCCUUGAUAAUAUUGUACUUUCGUUUUCAUGCUCUUGUCAAGCAUAUUACUGCUUGUUUACCUUUCAUAGCUGAUGGUCCAUUGUUGACCUAUGAAUACCGGAAAUUGAGGUGAGUCUCAUUUUCAAAUCAACCUCUUCUUGUUCAAAGAGAAGUAAAUCAGAUUUUAUGCUUGUGAGAUUGAUUAUUUGAGUGCUUAUCUCUGUCGGGAUGGUGCUCUUCGGGAUUGCACUGACAGUUCUUUUUCUAUUGUCUUUGUUAUAGGAUAAUGUGCUUUUGACUUGA